AUGGAUUUAAAAAGCGGAGGUAAAACCCGUUUUCUGCAAAUCCACGAGCUUGAGGAGCUAAGAAACCACGCCUAUGAAAGUUCUAGCAGGUACACAGAACGAGUCAAGAGGUUUCAUGACAAGAUAUUGAGAGACCAUAAGGAUCUCCGUAUAGGGGAUCUUCUCUUGUUAUAUAACUCAAAACUGCGUUUAUUCCCCGGGAAGCUAAAAUCCCGAUGGAUGGGUCCAUACAAAGUUAAAGAAAUAUUUUCGUACGGGGUCGUAACUAUCGAGGAUCCAAACGGGGCAAGUUUCAAAGUCAACGGUCAUCAUCUAAAACUCUACAUCAAAGGACCGGUUGACCCGGUGGAGGAAAUUCUCGAACUCCACAUCCCGCGCACUUAA